AUCAUCAACAGUAGGGGUGAAACGCGACACGAUUUGGUUUAUGUUUAAAUAAAACUCUGAACAACCCUAACAGGAGAGUAUAUAUAUAAUUUUAUACCCUGGUUGUAUUUUUUGGUUUUUGAUUUUGAAAUCCAGCGGUGAUUUUGGAGUUGGAAAUUCAGUGGUUUUCUGAUCGGUUUUAGGGUAUGGGGAAGUCUGGACAUGGUAAACGGAGUUAUUCCGUCAACGCCAAUGACUAUAAGCUUCUGGAGGAAAUUGGAUAUGGUGCAAGUGCGACGGUUUUCCGAGCGAUCUAUGUUCCUUAUAACGAGGUCGUUGCUAUCAAGUGUUUGGAUCUUGAUCGAUGCAAUAGUAAUUUGGAUGACAUUAGGAGGGAGGCACAAAUGAUGAGUUUGAUUGAUCAUGCAAAUGUUGUCAGAGCAUUUUGUUCAUUUGUCGUGGAUCGGAACCUCUGGGUUGUUAUGCCAUUUAUGGCUGAAGGUUCUUGCUUACACUUGAUGCAGACAGCGUACCCUGAUGGGUUUGAGGAACCUGUAAUUUGUUCCAUCUUGAAAGAAUCACUCAAGGCUUUGGAGUAUCUCCAUCAGCAUGGACAUAUUCAUCGUGAUGUUAAGGCUGGGAACAUCCUCCUUGAUACUAAUGGGGUUGUGAAGCUUGCCGAUUUUGGUGUUUCUGCUUGCAUGUUUGAUAGUGGUGAUAGGCAGCGGUCGAGAAAUACAUUUAUUGGAACUCCGUGCUGGAUGGCCCCUGAAGUGAUGCUACCAGAAAAAGGAUAUAAUUUCAAGGCUGACAUAUGGUCAUUUGGAAUAACUGCACUUGAAUUAGCUCAUGGUCAUGCACCCUUCUCGAAAUAUCCUUAUAUGAAGGUUUUGCUUAUGACUUUACAAAAUGCUCCACCAGGACUUGACCAUGACCGGGAUAAAAAGUUCUCAAAGUCUUUUAAAGAAAUGAUUGCAAUGUGUCUGGUGAAAGAUCCAGCAAAGCGGCCUACUGCCGAGAAGCUACUCAAGCAUUCUUUCUUUAAACAUGCCAAACCGCCUGAGCUUUCUGUGAAGAAACUGUUAGCAGACUUGCCACCACUAUGGAACCGUGUGAAAACCCUGCAGCUUAGAGAUGACGCUCAACUUGCCCUGAAGUUAUUGCCUUCAGCACAGCAAGAGGCUAUAUCACAGAAUGAAUACAAGAGAGGUGUUAGUGCAUGGAACUUUGAUAUUGAGGACUUGAAAGCACAGGCUGCACUGGAGGAUCAGGACUGACGUAAGGUCAUUUGGAGCCUUGGAGGAGCUGAACUCGAAUUAGCUCAUGGUCAUGCACGCUUCUCGAAAUAUCCUCCAAUGAAGGUUCUGCUUAUGACUAUACAGAAUGCUCCACCAGGGCUUUACUGCGACCGUGAUAAGAAGUUCUCAAAGAUUAAUUAUUUUUUCAUCUGUUUGUCAGUUUUUUUACAGAAAUGUUUGCCAUGUGUCUGGUGUAAGGUCAAGAAAAGCAUUCUUUCUUUAAACAUGCCAAGCCGCCUGAGCUCUCAGUGAAGAAACUGUCAGCAUACUUGCCACCACUGUGGGAUCGUGUGAAAGCCCUGCAGCUUAAAGAUGCCGCUCAACUUGCUCUGAAGAGAAUGCCGUCAGCACAGCAAGAGGCUAUAUCACAGGUGCAAGAGGAUGAGGAUUUGGCAGAAAUUAAGACAGCUGAUGAAAGCGUAAAAUCUUCUGCUAGCAGUAAGGACGCACAAUACUAUGGAUCUGUUUCAGGACAAUGUAUUCCUCGAAACAAUUUCGUUCACAGGUAGUAUAUUUUGUGGAUUGAAUUUGUGUGCAAGUAAAAUAAUUCAGGGUUGGAAAGAAAGUACCUGGAUUAAGAAAUAUUUGUAUUUGUGUUAAUAUUUGUUGAAAAGUGAAGCUAUAUUACGCUUUAAACACCCUGUUCAAGCAAACUAUAUCAAUGUACGAGUGAUCGGGAGAAAAAAGAUCAUAUUGUGGUGUCAAAUUGGUUGGUAUU